AUGCACUGGAUUAAUGGUCCAAUAUACUACAAAGGUUUUUACCAUCUCUUCUACCAAUACAACACCAAAAGUGCGGUUUGGGGUAAUAUUGUGUGGGCUCAUUCGGUUUCCAGAGACUUGGUUAAUUGGAAGGCUCUUGAACAUGCAAUUUAUCCCUCCAAAUGGUUCGACAUCAAAGGCACAUGGUCCGGUUCAAUAACAAUCGUACCGGGAAAAGGACCGGUUAUCUUGUAUACCGGUAUCAACCAAAACGAAACACAGUUGCAAAACUACGCAAUCCCAGCGGAUCCAUCAGACCCAUAUCUAAGGAAAUGGAUUAAACCGGAUGAUAACCCGAUUGUCACGCCAGAUUAUACCAUGAACGGUUCAGCAUUCCGCGACCCGACCACGGCCUGGUUCUCCAAAGACGGACACUGGCGAACCCUCGUGGGGUCAAAAAGAAAGGAUAGAGGAAUCGCUUAUAUCUACAGGAGCCGAGACUUCAAGAACUGGGUCAAAGCUAAGCACCCGGUUCACUCUAAAGCGUCAACCGGUAUGUGGGAGUGUCCUGAUUUUUUCCCGGUUUCCUUAACCGAUUUUCAAAACGGUUUGGACUUGGAUAGCAUCGGUCCAAACACCAAGCAUGUCUUGAAGGUUAGCUUGGACCUAACCCGGUACGAGUAUUACACGCUUGGCAAAUACGAUCAUAAGAAGGACCGGUACGUACCGGACGGUAAUUCACCCGACGGUUGGGACGGUUUAAGAUUCGAUUACGGUAAUUUCUACGCUUCCAAAACGUUCUUUGACUACAAAAAGAACAGACGAAUCUUGUGGGGUUGGGCCAAUGAAUCUGACACCGUUGAAGAUGACAUGUCCAAGGGUUGGGCUGGUGUUCAGGUAAUUCCAAGAACGGUGAUUCUUGACACAAACAAGAAGCAAUUAGUGUUUUGGCCUGUUGAAGAGAUAGAGUCAUUAAGAGGUAACUACAUCCGAAUGAACAACCUUAACAUCAAGCCAGGUCAACGGCUAGAAGUCAAAGGAAUCACUCCUGCUCAGGCAGACGUGGAAGUGACGUUCAACGUUGGAAGUCUAGAGAAAGCUGAGAGAUUCGACCCGAGCUUCACGUUCAAGCCGUUGGAUUUGUGUAAAAUAAAAGGCUCGAACGUGACCGGUGGUGUCGGACCAUUUGGUCUGAUCGCAUUAGCGACUCCUGAUAUGGAAGAGUACACUCCUGUCUUCUUUAGAGUCUUCAAAGACACUUCCACUAAUAAGCCUAAGGUUCUCAUGUGCUCCGAUGCUAGACCUUCGUCGUUAAAGCAAGACAGGGGUCCACUCCCAAAAGAUAAGAUGUAUAAACCACCGUUUGCUGGUUUUGUGGAUGUUGAUCUAUCUGGUGGAAGGAUCUCUUUAAGGAGUUUGAUUGAUCACUCGGUAAUAGAGAGCUUUGGAGCUUUAGGGAAGACAGUAAUAACGUCAAGAGUGUAUCCGGUGAAAGCAGUAAAAGGGAAUGCACAUUUGUAUGUGUUUAACAAUGGAACACAAAAUGUGAAUGUAGAGAGUCUUAAUGCUUGGAGCAUGGCGCGUCCUUUGCUGAUGAACAAUGGUGCUCUUUGA